GUUAGAGAUUCUCUGAAAAAUAUUACCCGAUAAUUUUGGUGGAGAAUUGGGUUUUUGAAUAAUAAGUGAAGUUGGGGUUCACUGCAGUAAUGGAGCACAGGGUACUCCGGCUCCUACUGUUCCUGAUUCUCAGUUCAAGACAGUAUUCUGCUUGGCAAAACGAAAGACCUGUUUUGGAGUCCGUUGACGGGCACCUGAUAAUAUGGAGCGCGCAGGAUAAAAAUGUCACUAUAAAAACUCGGGGAAAAGGCUUCCUGACAAUAAAUGAUCUGAAUCUUGUGGAAUCUGCUCAUGCGGCGACACACGCAGCUCAAUACGUGGAGAAUUGGAAAAGAGGAUCGUGGCAAGACUUGCAAAACCGGGUGGAGAGAUUGGUCCACACUGUUGAAGGUCCUGAUGGGCUUGUCAGAAAAUUGGAGGGAGGAUGGUGGAGAAAUACCGGAAAUUCAUCGACUUCACGUCCAGCCACUCGGGAUUCCGACAUGGAUCUGUCGACGUUAAAUUGGCGUGUUAACAAUUUGGCAGAUAAAAUUAAGAAAAUACAGACAAAAUUGAAAAACAACAAAUGUGCCAAUAAUCCGUGCUUAAAUGGAGGAACGUGUAUCAGGGUUUAUGAUGGAUAUCAGUGCCUUUGUCCAACGAAUUGGCAGGGUCCCUCAUGUGGAAGUGACGUCAAUGAAUGCGGAAUAUAUGCUGGAACUGAUCUGGGGUGUCAGAACGGAGCGACUUGUGUUAAUACACUGGGUUCUUACACUUGUUCUUGCACGAAAGGAUGGUUCGGUGUCCACUGUACUUCGAGUAAAUCAGCUUGCGAUGCAGCAGACUCUCGGGAAUUAUGUGGGAACGGAGUAUGCGUCGAUCAGAAAGGAACACCUCUGGGUUACACUUGUUUAUGCGAUCAGGGUUGGAAAUCUGAUGGAGCAAACCCAGCCUGUAUAGUUGAUGUCGAUGAGUGCGCUGGGAAGCACCCUGUAUGCUCCGUAAAUCCGGAAGUUGAAUGCAUUAAUUUGAGAGGAAGCUUCCAUUGCGGCAAUUGCCCAGCUGGAUAUUCCGGUACUGGAUAUUUUUGCAGAGAUAUUGAUGAGUGUCUGGUUGAUAAUGGAGGGUGCAGUACAGUACCGAAAGUUCACUGCAGAAAUGUGCCGGGAUCACGAAUCUGUGGACCAUGUCCUCCAGGAUACUCAGGCGAUGGUGAAACUUGCACGUACUAUGGCACCUGUAGAAUAAAUAAUGGAGGAUGUCAUCAUUUAGCAACCUGUAUCGAAUCAACGAAUUCCCUAGUUCAGUGCCGAUGCCCAGCUGGAUACAUAGGCGAUGGACUCGGUUUCAAUGGCUGUACCAUAUCAGCCGUUUCGAAUCCCUGUGCGAUGAACCCUUGCAUUCAUGGGAGUUGCGUUCAGCAAGGUCACAGUUUCAUUUGUAACUGCCAGUCAGGAUACUCUGGAAGUCAUUGUGAGAUUGCGGUGAAUCCAUGUGUUCCAAACCCCUGCAGGAAUAGUGGAAUUUGUACUAGAGCUUCCGAUAAUACUGUUACUUGUGAAUGCACAGCUACUUAUCAAGGACCCAGAUGUGAAACACCGAAGAGAAACUGUGGUGGAUACCUCAGAGAUCCCUCUGGAACUUUAUCGUAUCCUCCUGACGGUGGACGUGAUUCUCAAGGACGAUCCUGUGCCUUCAUUUUUAUAACUAAUCAUAGUCUGGUAUUGAACGUCACUUUCACCAGGUUCAAAUUCGACAGCACUCCUCCUGCAUGUCCCAACAAUUUUCUGCAGAUUCACGAUGGUACGGGUACAUCAGACCACCACAUUGGUAGAUUUUGUGGUACCAAACUACCUAGUGGUGGAAACAUCAUUUCCACCCACAACAGUCUGUACAUAUGGUCACACGUGGCAAGUGUUGAAACAGAUCAAGGCUUCACCCUCCAUUGGAACAGCAUUCCCCCGAAGUGCGGUGGUUACUUAACAUCAGAUCACGGAGCAAUCAGUUCGCCAGGUAGUCCAGGAAAGUAUCCGUUGAACAGAGACUGCCAAUGGGAGAUCAAUGUCUCUCCAGGACGAAGGAUUCAGUUCCAUUUCUUCACUUUUCAAUUGGAAAGCAACACAACGUGCGCCAAAGAUUAUCUUCAAAUCAACGAAACGGUUGGUGAAAGACAGAUCCAAUUGCAACGCUACUGUGGGCACAUGCUGCCAGAGCCUCUCUUCACGUCUGGAUCAACAGCGAUCUUAUACUUCCAUUCUGACGGAGACACUCAAGACCAGGGUUUUCAAAUCGGUUACAGCACCAUCGAGGCUUACCCAGGAUGUGGUGGUAUUCACACUGCUCCCCAAGGUACAAUCUCCUCUCCAGUGGUUCAGGGUCGAUAUGAAGCCGGGCUCGAAUGCACCUGGAAGAUCCAACUACCUCAGGGGGAAAAAAUUCGCCUAGUCUGGCAGGAAAUCGACAUCGAAGAUCAGAAAUACUGUUAUUAUGACUUUGUCGAAAUCUAUGAGGGACCCGACGAAGAAUCUCCGGUUGUGGGAAAGUAUUGUGGAACAAAUCUACCUUUACCGAGAACUCUGACUACCAACGUAGCGAUAAUAGUCUUCAGCACAGACAGUAGUUUCCAUGGAAAAGGUUUCACUAUAAAAUACGAUACACAUUGUGGUGGAGAGUUCCACGAGCCCUCAGGUAUAUUCGCAUCUCCCUACUAUCCAUCAAGCUAUCCCGAUGAUAAGAACUGCUUUUAUGAAAUUAUACAACCCCCUAAUAAGGGUAUUGUCCUCCAAAUAACCGAUUUGGACAUAGAAGGACACUGGCAUUCUGACUGUUAUUUCGAUCACUUGGAUAUAUAUGAUGGAGACAGUAGCAACUCGACGAAACUCGCAGAACUCUGCGGUGGUGAAGAGAAAAUUCCAGAUACACCAUUUUAUUCUUCCAACAAUUACAUGUAUCUUGAAUUUCAAACUGAUGGCAGCUACUCUUUUCGUGGAUUCCAGGCGAAUUACUCAACUGUUGAUAGACGAUGUGGAGGCCUUUUGAAGAAUAAUUCUGGGAGCAUUGUGAGUCCCGGAGGGAAUGAUGGAUAUUCCGAAAAUGAGGAAUGUUCGUGGACUAUUCAGGCACCCAUCGGUCAUGUUAUUCACCUCUCAUGGAUGUUGUGGAGCUUGGAAGGCAACAGCCGGUGUAGGCAUGAUUACGUUGAGAUAACGGAACAAUUUAACAAUGAAGAAUUGUUAAUAGGGAAGUACUGUGGUCACACAAAACCACCUGAAAUCAUCACUCUAGGCAACAUCAUGAAUAUUGCCUUCAAGUCCGACGACACAGUCCACGGUGAUGGUUUCCUCGGGGAAUACAUAUUCAUCGAUGCCUCAAAGUCCUGUGGUGGCCGAUAUUUCAGUUCCGUUGGUGUUAUCACGACUCCAGAGUGGCCUAAAAGAUAUGCCGGUGGGAGGGACUGUGUUUGGAUUAUUGAAGGGCCUGCUAGGUCCCAAAUUAUGUUGACGGUUGAGACAUUUGAUCUCGAGGUAUCGAACAACUGUAGGUUUGAUCACUUGGAAAUCAGGAAUGGUGCACAUGAAACAUCUCCAUUGAUCGGCAAAUACUGCGGGGAGGAUAUACCUACCGUGAUCCGGAGUUUUACAAACUAUCUGUACUUGAGAUUCAAGUCGGACGAUUCUCUAAGUGCACCAGGAUUUCGAAUCGAGUGGGAUGCAACACAAAUGGGAUGUGGGGGAACAUUAACCAAAAGUUCUGAGGACAUUAUGUCUCCAAAUUACCCUAUAUCAACGUCAUCAGUAUCUGUUUGCACCUGGACCAUUUCAAUUGCAAGAGGAAAUCAAAUUCAGAUUAUUCUCGUCGAUAUAGACUUUGGUGAAAGAGCGUCUAGGUGCACAACAGAAUACUUAGAGAUUUCCGAGGGUAUCAAUGGAAUUGUCAAGAAUAAGCAGAAGUACUGCAGUACUGAGAAUCAAUCGCUAAUCCACUUGAAUUCUAACGACGCCACACUUCAGUAUCGCACGUUUUUUGGAAAUGGCCGUGGUUUUCAUAUUAAAUAUAACACCCUUUGUCAAAAUACACUACAUGCUCAUAGCGGAGUUAUUGAAUCUCCUAAUUUCCCUAAUAGAUACCCACCAAACUGUAACUGCACUUGGAUCAUUGAUGCACCUAUGGGAAACAAGAUUAAUAUCUCCUUCUCGCAUUUCGAUCUUGAGCCAGAAAAUCCUUACACCGACAGUCCGUGCAAGUUUGAUUAUCUUGAAAUCAAGGAGGGCUCAUACGGUUCACCCGUAACCGAACUCGGUCGUUUUUGUGCCACGGAGGGUAUGACACUUCCCCCCAAAAUUGUAUCAACUGAAAAUCAGGUUUUCAUUACUUUCCGAACUGAUAGUGAAUCUCAUUUCGGCGGCUUCAGACUCGAGUGGGUUGUAAACGGAUGUGGUGGACAUAUUAAAAAACAACAGGGCACCGUCACAUCUCCAGGGUAUCCAAAUAAAUAUCCAACCAAUAUCGAUUGUGAAUGGACUAUCGAAGUUGACUAUGGAUACAGUGUACAAAUUAAUUUUACAGACGUUGAUACUGAGAAAGAAAGUAGUUGCAUGAUGGACAUAAUUGAGGUAUAUGGUGGAGUGGAUGAGAGUGCACCAAAGCUUGGAGAGUUUUGCCAUUCGAAAACUCCAAUUCUCUAUGUCAGUCCCAUCAAUAGCAUAUUUAUCAAACUGCAUUCGGAUUGGAAUCACGCAGGCAGAGGAUUUACUGCUAAUUUCGCACAAGUCCAGAGAAUGUGUGGUGGUCGGAUCAAAGCAUCUCAAGGCUCCAUUCAUUCUCAAAAUUAUCCGAUGAAUUAUCCAGUGAAUCAGAACUGCGAGUGGUUGAUCGAAGUUGGUGAACAUCAUCUUAUCAAUCUCACAUUCGUCGAUGUAGAUCUUGAAGGGAGUACAGAUUGCAUUAUGGAUUACAUCAAGGUUUUCGAUGGACCUACGAGGGAACACAAUCUUCUCGAGACUUUCUGCGGAAAGACUAUACCAUCACCAAUAAUAUCGUCUGGUGAUAGUCUUCUGGUUGUCAUGAGAAGUGAUCCUGCACAGACAGCCAAAGGAUUUCAAGCGGACUUCCAGCGAGCCUGUGGUGCUCGCAUCGUCACGAAUGGAACUGGGUUCUUAACGACAGCUUCAGAUUUACAUCUCCAGCAUGAGGAUGGUCUCAACUGCAGUUGGAUUAUUUCUGCUGAAAAUCCCGCUGACCAUAUCACUUUGACUAUCUCUCAUAUGGACAUGAAUUGUCGGUGGGGGUCUUGUGAAGACAACUGUACUAGUCAUUAUCUCAAGGUUUAUGAAGGGGAGGGUACAGACGGACCAGUUAAUGGUCAAUGGUGCGAAUCCAAGGCACCUCCACCAAUUGUCAGCAGUGGAAAUACUCUGACUAUUCAUCUUGUUACUUUUUACUACAGCGAUGUGUCCUUCGGCGCUACAUACUCGGCCUUGGAUUCAGCGUGUGGAGGUGAAUACUAUGCAGAAUCAGGCACUCUAGCAUCUCCUGGAUACCCGAAAAGUUAUGCCACGAAUGCAGAAUGUGAAUGGACUCUGCAUACAGCUGCUGGCAAUGGAAUUACUUUGACCUUUUCGAAAUUUAAUAUCGAACGCAGUGACAAUUGUGAUCGAGAUUAUCUGGAAAUUAGGGAAGAUUCGUCAAUAGGGAAGAUUAUCGGGGUUUACUGUGGCACAGAGAUUGGAACUGUACAAUCUAAUAAAACCCUUUGGAUGAAAUUUAGAAGCGAUGAACACGGUACUGCAGAAGGAUUUGUUGCUGAGUACACAUUCAACCAUGGCUCGGAGCUUUUCGGACCUUUUGGAGUUAUUGCAUCCCCACUUUAUCCACACGCAUAUACUAAUUAUAAUCCAGUUACCUGGAGGGUUACAGUUCAGUCUGGUUUCUCCAUCAAAGUCGAGUUUGAUGAUUUCCAUAUUGACAACUUUGGUGAUCUCACGUGCGAUGAGUAUCAAGAUGGACUCCAGGUUUUCGAUGGCUACGAUGAAGAUGCACCACAACUUCAUAACUUCUGUGGUUCCACGUCCCCGGAGCCGUUCCAAACUACUAGCAACGUGAUGUUCCUAAUGUUUCAAGGGGGUAAACAAAGAUUAGGAAAUUGGUUCAAAAUUCGAUAUUAUGAAGUUCCAAGGACGAUAGAUAAGGAAGACAAUACUCUUGUUCACUUAUCAAACUGCAAUGAAGAAAUUGCUCUCAUGAACGAUAACAACUCCUAUUACACGAUUACCUCACCAGGCUAUCCAGACGGUUACAACCACUCAUUGCACUGCAAUUGGUUAAUCACAUCUCCACCAGGAACUCACUUAUUAUUCAAAUUGAAGGACCUUAACCUUGAGGAGGGUCAUGACUGCUAUGGCGAUUCGGUUUCAGUAUUUGAUGGGAUAGCAUUAUCGGAGGAGCCACCUCCAGAUGUCCAUCUACUCGGCAAAUACUGUCGGUCUAACGAAUCUGACAGUAGGGUAGAAAGUAUCACUAAUACCAUGACCGUCAAAUUUCUGACAGAUAGCUUCAUGAAUAGGACUGGGUUCAAGGCCGAAGUUAUUCGAGAAUGUGGUGGUCAACUAGGUGGUCCCAAUGGAGUAAUAAAUUUCAAUAGAACAACGAGAUAUCAAGUGAUGUGCGACUGGAAUAUUACAGUCAGCCGUGGAAAAUCGAUUGAAGUAACCAUAGAGGAUAUACAGCUACCAAAGAGAGACGCAAAAGGAUGUGGAGAUGAUUACGUUCUUCUAAAAAAUGGUCAAGAGGUAGACUCUCCCUUCCUCGGUGAUGGAAAAUACUGUUCUUCAAAUGAAGAAGAACAUGAAUCCUUGAUGACCACCGGUAACAAAUUAUAUGUGAAAAUUUCUGCGAUAGCACUGGUGGCAAUUGUUAAAAUAUCUUAUCGCGAGAUUGGCGUUGAAUGUGGAGGUUCUUAUACAUUGAUGGAAGGUAUCAAUGAGGUAAAAGUGAAAACACCUGGAUAUCCAAAUGUUCCACCUCCUUAUACCGAGUGCUUGUGGACAUUUAUGGCACCAGCUGGACGGAGGUUAUCUCUUCACUUCAUUGACCGUUUUGAUUUGACAUCGAGUGCAGAAUGUCAGAAAGAAUAUGUUGAAGUGAGGGAUGGAGGAACUGAUCAUGCACUGGUUCUGGGUGUUUAUUGUGGUAGAACAGCACCAAGCACCAUAUCGACUAAAGGAAAUAUGCUAUACAUCAAAUACUACACAGAUAUGAGUGUACCGGGAAAUGGUUUCAAUGCUUUAGUGACGGAUGAUGAAAUCUGUGGAGAAGUUAUCAGGGCGUCAACAGGCAUCAUCACAUCUCCAAACUAUCCGAAUCCCUAUCCGAAGGGACGUGAUUGUGCCUGGUGGAUCAUCGGACCCAAAUAUCAUUCACUCCGUUUCGAAAUUAUCGAUCUACAUCUACCCGGCUGGAGAAACUGCUCUCUCACAGAUCAUAUGUCUAUCGAGGGAAUGUUACCCAAUGGUACUAAUGAUUCACGAAAUGAGCCACACGUAUUGUGCGGAUUUAGAAACGUAGAUAACAUCAUUGAAACAUUGUCUAAUGAGGCUGUCAUCACUUUAACUUCAACGGGAAAAAGCCUUGGUAAUUAUAGGGGUUUUCGACUUAACUUCACGUCCUCUAUGACACAAUGUGGAGGGGAGCUCAAUAGUCCUGAGGGUUCAUUCCACUCCUUUGGGUAUCCAACACCCACUCCAGCUAGGAUAUACUGCUUGUGGAAGAUCACAGUACCUCUAGGUGGUCAAGUGAAACUUGAAAUUCUCGAUCUCGACUUGCAGACGGAUAAUUACGUGAGAUUCUACAACGAUUUCCGGUCUAGAUCACCGAUCGGAUCCAUAAGUAGCGCAGAUCGUGAAAGAAUAAUCAGCAGUUCAUCUAACAAGAUGAUGGUAGCGUUUGUGGCAAACGAAGGAUACAGAGGAUUGAGUGCGACAUUCAAAUCUGAGCCUAACCCCCCGUGCGGUGGCGAUAUAAAUGAGCAAAGUGGAUCAUUACCGACUCCAAGUGAAGAACCUUACAAGAGCAGAUCAUUCUAUUGUUUGUGGACUAUCCGAGCUCCAGCUGACAUGAUAAGAUAUGAUGCCCCAGCAGACGUUACUCUGGCAGUUACUGUCACCGGAUCUCUAGGAAAUCAGGUGCGUCCGUAUCGACGUUGUAUCUCGGCAUCAAAAUAUGUUGCGAUAAAAGAUGCUUCUAAUAACAUCAUUGGAGCUGUUUGUGGUAACUCAGAGGAACAGCCUGGGCUUCUGAGAAGUCGAUCGCCCCUGAAUUACUUAGAAAUCUUGAAUGGCACUCGAUGGGGUGCAAUAAAUGUUGACGUGAAGUACCAAUGGAACCGAUGCGGUGCACUUUUAACAGGACCGUCACACACGAUCAGAACGCCAGUAAAUGCUACUUUCCCAAGAAAUUGCGUCUGGGAGGCAGUGUUCCCCGAGGGUCAAGGAAUUGUUAUGACAUUGAAUAAGCUCAACCUUAAAGGCUGUGACAAGAGCUACAUUAUCGUGAAAAAUGGUGGUCCCCGUUCACCAGAGGCUCGUAAAUACUGUGGUAACAUUAUUCCAAAUAAUUUCACGAGUAAAUCUCAUAAAUUGUGGAUUGAGUAUUAUGCUCUUGAAGCACCUGCGGAUUUUGAAUUCGAACUCAAUACUAUUCCUGCAGACUGCAGAUUUUCUGGGUACAAUAUUUCUUCACCUGGGUUUCCACGUGCUUAUCCCAACAAAAGUGAGUGUGUCUGGGAGUACGAUGUGGAGCCUGGCUAUCACAUUGGACUAUCCUUCAUCGACAGAUUCAGUUUGGAGAAUAGUAUCAAUUGUACCAAUGAUUAUGUCGAAGUGUUUGAUCGAGAGAGAAGCGACGAAAAUACGUGGAAGUCUCUCGGUAAAGUUUGUGGAAGAAAUACUCCAUCGCCCUUCAACACAACAACAAAUCAUAUCAAAGUUAUAUUUCACUCUAACGAUGACAUCAGAGGGGAUGGAUUCAAAGCGCAUAUCGAUAAAAACUGCGGAGGUAUUUUCAUGGCUUCUCAGGUUAGUCAAACCAUUAUGUCACCAAUGUAUCCAAAUGGUUAUCCUCGUUAUCUCAACUGCAAUUACACCAUCGUAGCGCCUCACAGAAAAGCAGUCAUAGUGGAAUUUGAGAAUUUUGACCUGGAGACUAUGCCUCCAUCCUGUUGGUGGGCUAAUAUCACAAUAAGUACUAGCAGAUAUUGGAGAUCAAUGGAAACUUCUUACUGUGGAAACAAUAAACCGCCAGUGAUUACGUCAACCAAUAAAAUAGUGAUUAUUUUCAGAACUUACGCGCAUUUUUCUGGAAAUGGUUUUGUCUUCAGGUACUUAUCGAAUGAUUGCGGAGGAGAGUUAACAGAGGAGGGUGUGAUAUCACCACCGACUACCAUCGACGGUUCCAAUUACUACGGUGGAUUGAGCUGCACUUGGCUCAUCACAGCACCACCAGACAAAAGUAUUACAGUGAGAUUCGAUGCACUUGAGACGGAGUAUAGCAGCAGAUGUUUCCACGAUAAAAUAAGGAUAUAUGAAGGACCUGGGCUGAAUGCCACCAAUCUCUUGUCCACUUAUUGUGGAAAUCUUACAGAAAAUCUUCCGGUUACUAAAUCCCUGGGAAACGUAGUCACCGUCAAUUUUGCUUCGGACCAUUCCGAUCAUUUUAAGGGCUUCAGGGCUCGGAUAAUUUUUACCAAGAGUAUUGCUUCGGGUUGCGGUGGAUCGAUCAACUUGACUAGUAGUCACGAUUGGAAAACACAGAAAGGUGCUUAUUACGACAACUUCGACGACUGCAUGUGGAGCAUUGAAGCCCAGCCUGGGAAAAUAAUUAAGAUGACGUUUGAGAGUUUCGAUGUUAAGAAUACGGAGAAUAGGACUGUGCUACCUCAGACAGCUCCCUGCAGUGGAGAUUACCUGGAAAUUAGAGAUGGAAGAGGUCCGAAAUCUGAAUUGGUGGGGAGAUAUUGUGGCAAUGUGCUCCCUCCCAGUAUCUCUUCCGUGCGAAAUCUUCUCUGGAUAAGAUUUUACAGCGAUGGGGAAAAUGUAGGUCGUGGAGUUACUGCCAGACUGGAACCAAUUGAUUCUCCCUGUGGUGAAUCUGUCAUACGGAUUGAGAAUACAACGGUAACAUUGAAAUCUCCACAUUAUCCCGAGAAUUAUCCUGUCGGGCUUCAGUGUAAAUGGAUUUUGUCAGGAUCGAACAGAAGGGAUCUUCGUAUACAUUUCAAGAAUAUUGAUAUGGAGAAUUCGGAGAAUUGUCAAGGUGAUCAUCUCCAGUUGACUGAUAGAAGAUUGAAUAAACACAUUGAGGAAGGUUUCGGGGAGGACUACAUCGUCAACGGAAAACACCAAUCGAAUUUACGAUUUGUAGAUAGUCAUAGACCUGUUGCUACUUAUACCUUUUGCGCCAACGUCGAUUCUUUCGAUUACUACAGUGGAGGAAAUAUCGUGGAGAUCGCAUUAAAAUCUACCAAUGAAAAUUCGCAGAAGCCAAGGAAAUUUGAACUGGAGGCGUCUCUCGCUGACUGCAGAAAUUAUACUAGUCCUCAAGGGAGAAUUUAUCAUCAGGGUUUCAAUAGUUGUUGGUCGACUAUCACCGUUCCUGAAGGACGUACCAUCUCAUUAUACUUUAUAAGGAUGCGAAUUUAUGAUCAGCCUGGAUGUCCGAAGAACUACCUCAAGGUGUUCGAUGGAGAUUUCAAUUCUCCGAUUUUGGGAACAUAUUGUUCAAUCCAAUUACCCUCUCCCAUUUUCAGCACUGGGAACACCCUCAGCCUCAUGUUGAGUGCUGAGAAUAAUUUUUCAUGGCAGAAUUAUGAAAUCACCUAUACUUCGACAACUGAGGGGAGGGGCUGCGGGGGUAGCAUCUUCAAUUAUGCUGGCAAAUUCACAUCGCCUAUGUUUCCGAAUAUCUACAGGAAUAAUAGCUAUUGUGUUUGGGAUGUUAGUGUUCCAAGGGGCUCGAAAGUUUUACUGGAGUUCACCACGUUCGAUCUUGGCUCUAGAGGAAUGUGUGACACUUCUUUAAGCGUCGAAGAAAGCACUGAGAGUGGGGCUUCAAUUACACGAUAUUGUGAAGGGGAACAUCCUGCAAAAUACAGAAGUCUUUCUAAUGAAGUGCGGAUAACGUACACUACGACUGUCAAUAAUGGAGGGACUGGAUGGGAAAUUGAUUUCAUUGCUAUUUCAGAAGAUUACGAGGAAACGAGUAAUGGACCUCUAGUUCAGUUGAGACCGCUCAUGUUUGUUGGUUAAUUCGACUUUCCAAAUAUUUAAGUUCUAGGUAAAAUAAAGGAAAUGGAGGUUUGUUUUGUAUUUUAAAUGUAAACAUAAGAAAUUUAAUUACCGUAAAUCAUAAAAAUGGCCAUUUUUGUCACAUUGAUAUUGUCUUUCACCGCCGAUAAUGAUCCAGCCCAGAAUUCGAUGAUAAUAUGUAUU